AUGUUUCAUUACUUAUCUAAAAUUGACAACUUUGGGGCAGAAUUCAAGCCUAGGAUUACUAAUUCAGAACAUGAACAUAAAUCGAUUAUAGGAGGUGUUUUUACUUUGUUAGUAUAUGGUGUAUGCUUGGCUUAUUUUAUUUUUGUAUUACAAUAAUGGCAGACAGGAUAAAUACUACCAAAAAUUCUAAUUGAAUCAUCUGUUGCAGCUUUUUCAAAAUUCAUGAUGCCUAAUGAUUUGAUUGCUAUUUCAUAUAUUCGAUAUGAAGAUUAAGAUAUAGAUCCUUUCUCUGAAUAGGGUAAUAUAUUGAUGCCCAUGGUAGCUGUUUUGGAAAAUAAUAAACCAAUAUCAUAUAGAUCUAUUCUAAAUAAUAAUGAAUUAUCAGAUUAUGGAACAAAUUUAGUUGAAAUGGAAUAGAUGGAAUUAGUUAAAAAUAUGCGUAAUGAUAAAAGCUAAGAAAAUAAUAAAGUGUAUAUGUUAUUAAUAACAACAUGUAAAUAACAAUAUUUGAAACACAAUCAAACUUGCGCUUCUGAAUCUGAGAUUUCAAAUUUUUUGAAUUUAGGUUUGAUUCCAAUAGAAAUUACUGUCACAUUAUAAUAAUUUAGUACAUCUGAUUAACAAUUAUAUGAAGUUGAGAAACGAUUACAAUUUUUACUAUAAGACAAUUUAGCUUUGAAAGCAGAUCUAUUAUUUUAAAAUACAAAAUCUAUUAUUGAUGAUCAUCCAUUAUUUUCAAAUUAAAAACGUUUUGUCUAUUUUUCAGAUUUUACAGUGUUAACUCAAACAUUAUCAAAUAACCUUAGCAAAUCUAUUAUAUAGGAUGAUGUAUUCAUAUAAAUUGCAUUUAAAAUUGAUCCAAUUGAAACAGUAUAACAAAUAACAUAUGUUAAAAUAGGAGAAAUGUUGGCUGAAGUAGGAUCAAUUGCAAAUCUACUUUUGACUGUAUCAUGGUUUAUAUAAUAAUUUAAUAAGGAAGAAUUAGAAAAUAAAAUUAUUGAUGAAAUUAUUAGUGUUUAUUAUCCUUAAUUUAAGUAAAUUAAAAAAAUUAAAAAUUGUAUGGGAAGAACAAUUGAACUUAGACAUGAAAAAGAAAAAAUAAAUUAAAAAGAAUUUAAUAAAUGGUAUAAUAAAGUUAGAUAAAAUGUUAUAAUAAAAUUAUCAAUUGUAAAUUAGAUUCAUGAAAUUUCUAGAUUGUAUUUUAUUUUGAGAUCAUAAGCAAAUUUUUAAUCUAUGAUUCGUUUUUAAGAUUAUGGAAUUCAAUUGCCAAAUAAAUUAUUUGAAAAACAAAAAGAUGAAAUAAACAAUGAAUUACCUUCAAGAGACUUUAAGAUUGAAGAUUAUGAUAUAGAAUCAUCAAAAAUAAUAACAAACAAUUUAUGUGAUGAAGAUCUAAAUAUAUUGAGUUAUAGAUUAAAUAAAGAUAAAUGA